CAACAUAGCUCCAGCACCUCCUCAAGCUUCCAACUUCGACAACCACCGCCUCUCUUCUCUUUCUCAUCCUCAACAUGCGUCCCGUUCCGGCGUCAGCGGGCUCUGCCCUGCGCACUUGGACCCGACACAGCCUUCCCGUCAACUCCUCCUCAGCCUCCUCCCAGUCCUCCCGUCUAGCCAUCACAGCUUCAAACAUCCCUCAACGACGACUGGAAUCCUCCGGAGCAGAAGCAACAGGUAGCACCAGCUUCCAGAGCCCUUUCAGGACGACCAAGUAUGAUACACACAAGAUUCCCAGCUUCAAGACAUACGAGUCCAAAAACUCCGAGAUCACGAACCGAGUCUUCCAGUACUUCAUGGCCGGAUCAAUGGGGCUGUUGGCUGCCGCCGGCGCGAAAAAUACCGUACAAGACUUCCUAGAAAACAUGUCCGCCUCUGCCGACGUGCUGGCCCAAGCUAAGGUGGAAAUCGAUUUGGCCUCCAUCCCCGAGGGCAAGAACGUUAUCAUCAAAUGGAGAGGAAAGCCCGUCUUCAUCCGUCAUCGUACCGAAGACGAGAUCAAGGAGGCCGAAUCUGUCGAUAUCUCAAUCCUCCGUGACCCUCAGAAAGAUGCCGACCGCGUCAAGAAACCCGAGUGGCUUGUCAUGUUGGGCGUCUGCACACACUUGGGGUGCGUCCCCAUCGGCGAAGCAGGCGAUUUUGGUGGUUGGUUCUGUCCUUGCCAUGGUUCGCAUUAUGAUAUUUCGGGACGAAUCAGGAAAGGACCCGCGCCAUUGAAUUUGGAGGUGCCCGAAUACGAGUUCCCGGAGGAAGAUAAAUUGAUCAUUGGUUAGACAAUGCCACCAGGCGGGACAAGGAGCGGCGAGCCCACCGAGGCGCCUUGUGGUUGUACGUGGCAGCUGCUGCGAUCGAAGAGGCCAAGCUAGGGACGGGACCCGAGGUGCGCAAGAGUUAUUUGUACAUAUUAGACAGCAAGACGCUGGGAGAUGCCAGGAUACAGGGUGAUUGGAGAAGAUCCAAGAGCAUUCCAUCGCUGGCUGUGAGAAGGGGAAGCAAGAACUACAAAACCAAAACCCACAUAUAUUCAUUAUUUCGGUUGACGCAAAUCUCCAUCUUGGUGUCUGUCUCUGUGUCCCGUGGAGCUCAUACAUUGCUCUGUAUGUUGACGCACAGCAAACUUCUAUGCUCAGGUACGGGAACCGAGAGUUCAGAAACAAAACUUCAAGCUGUAGAGGUCUUGGUAUACCCUGGCUCCCUUCUUCUCUAUAUCGUACAUUACACUCGUUCACUGACUCCGCCUCCUCGGGUGGAAACACU